AUGCACCGAUCGAUCCGAUUGUUGACACGACGCCAAUACGCUCGAUCAAUAGCAACAAGAGCAGCUUCUCCAACCCACGACUUUGACGUCAUUGUCAUUGGUGGCGGCCAUGCUGGUACCGAAGCUUGUACAGCUGCAGCCAGAGUCGGUGCACGGACACUUCUCAUUACACAAAACACAGACACGAUCGGCGAGAUGUCUUGUAAUCCUUCGUUUGGUGGUGUAGGCAAAGGAGUGCUUGUUCGAGAGGUGGAUGCAUUGGAUGGUGUUUGUGGCCGUAUAUCUGAUCUUUCCGGGGUUCAAUUCAAAGUGCUCAAUCGGUCCAAGGGGCCUGCUGUCUAUGGCCCGCGAGCUCAAAUUGAUCGAAAGCUAUACAAGCGUCAUCUUCAAGAUUAUCUCAAGACAUAUCCCAAUCUCACUAUCAAGGCGGGAAGCGUAGCUGAUUUGGUCAUGACAAAAGGAGACACCGACAAAGAACAUCAAUCUAUUCAGGAGAAAGGUGCUCUUGCUGCUGUACAAGGCAUCAAGCUAGACAAUGGACAAAUAAUCAGAGCACCUAACAUUGUGAUCACAACUGGCACUUUUCUGGGAGGUGAGAUUCACUUGGGACUCAAAGUCUGGCCAGCCGGGCGUAUGGGUGAAAAUCCUUCGAUCGGAUUAUCCAAUUCGUUACGACAAGCUGGUUUCAAAUUGGCGAGAUUAAAGACAGGAACACCACCAAGAUUGGAUGGACGAACAAUCAACUAUCAAGGAUUGGAAGAGCAACGGGGUGAUGAUCCACCUUCACCAUUUUCAUUCUUACAUCACACCGUGCCAUAUGCAGAUCAACAAAUUCUUUGUCAUCAAACAAGGACCAAUCCAAAGGUGCAUCAAUAUAUCGAAGAUCAUUUUCAUAUGAGUGUCCACAUCCGGGAGACAAUCAAAGGACCUAGAUAUUGUCCAUCACUGGAAAGCAAGAUCAAACGAUUUCGGGACAAGCAGGGACACACAAUUUGGCUUGAACCAGAAGGUCUUGAUACGCAUCUCGUAUACCCCAAUGGCAUCUCCAACACCAUGCCUGAAGAUAUUCAGCUCAAAUUUCUGAGGAUGGUUGCUGGUCUUGAGAACGUAGACAUGGUUCAACCAGGCUAUGGUGUUGAAUACGACUAUGUGGAUCCACGAGAAUUGCGCUCGACACUUGAAACCAAGCGUAUCGGUGGUCUAUUCCUCGCUGGACAAAUCAAUGGCACCACUGGCUAUGAAGAAGCGGCAGCACAAGGUGUUGUUGCUGGCAUCAAUGCAGGUUUACACGCUUUGGGAAAACAACCUUUUGUUCUUGAUCGCUCGGAUGCAUAUAUCGGUGUACUCAUUGACGACCUUAUCACUAAGGGUGUGGAAGAGCCUUAUCGCGUAUUUACAUCACGAUCAGAAUAUCGACUCUUGCUUCGCUCCGAUAAUGCAGAUUUAAGGUUGACUCGCAAAGGAUACGAGGCGGGUGUUGUUUCUACCAAGCGAUGGGAAAAGUUUACCAGUGAUGCAGCUGCUCUCGAGUCAGCCAUUGAGGAAGCAGAACAAGUACGCAUGUCACCAAAAGCAUGGGCCAAGCAAGGUGUCACUCUAAAGAAUUCACGAGCAAACGAUAACGGUGCAUUAAAGAGUGCUAUGGAGCUCUUGAUGAACCCCAAUGUCGAUCUGCAACAGCUAUAUGACACCAUCCCCUCUUUGAAGCACCUUGAUCCUCGACUCCAAGAGCGUGUAAUAAUUGAAGGACGCUACAAGCCGUAUUUGAAGCGCCAAACAGCUGAAGUAGCCGCUCUGAAACGUGAUGAAAAUCUCAAGCUGGACAUUAAUUUGGAUUAUUCGUCAAUGACCCAAUUAUCCCAUGAAGUGAGACAUAAGCUUUCUAUGGUGCGACCAGAAACUUUGGGUGCUGCAAAGCGGAUAGAAGGCAUCACCCCUGCGGCCAUGGUGACUUUGAUGCGUUAUGCUCGCCGAACAGGCAAACCUACAGCCACCGAUAAGAUACCAGAAGACGUAGAUGCCAUUACAGAAUCACAAUCAAAGAGCGUUGCUGCUGCACAAUAA